UUAUCACUAAAUAAUCUAAGAUAGGGAGUCAGCCCUACCCCGCAUGAUUCGGGGGUUGCGACUCGACGCGUGAGCCGGCAUGUGACAUGCAGCUUUGCUUGAUCCUCGGAAAGACGGCUAUUUGUUGGUUUGCAUUCGUAAAGAUUGUAUAACUUCCCGGUGACUGUUGGAAAUUCUGAAACUGAGACCAAGGAAAAUCGAAAUCCAGCUUGUACCCACUAUGAAGGUUCCGUCGACCAACAUCAAACUACCAAAUCAGGUACCCAAGCAUGUUCAAUAUGAAUUCCUCUUUCUGCCAGACCCAGUUCCUACGGCCAUGAUUACGCUGCCAGUAAAGAAAUCAGCGACAAUUGAAGAUCCCAAAUCGGCGGACGGACAAGUUUGGGAGAGCAUUCUGAAAAAGAUUGAAGCUUCGCCUGGCUACCAACGACUGUACUGGGGACGUUGGAUUGAGAGCGAGAAUAAGGUCCAGCUUCAUGUUGCGCGCGAGAAGAAUAAGCAGAACAAGGACUUUUUGAAGUCCGAAACAUGGAAACAAAUCCUGGAGACAGCCCAGCAGUUAGCACCAGAGGGAGUCGAUGUUCAGAAGGAUGUUGUAGUUCGUCAUGCGCAACUCAAUCAUUUCUCCUCCGGCUCUAGAGCCCUUGGCGGCGGAGCUCCUUAUACGGGUACUGCAAUUUACUUUGCUACAGGACGACGUAAUUGGAAUGCUGUUUGGGACUUGUGGACCACCAUCGUGCCUACUGUGCCUGGAUGUAUGGGUGCCUCAGGUGGCUGGAUUACUGACGACGUUGCCAUACCGGGAGCCCCUACGAAUAUGAAAGGAGGUGGUAAAUGGAAGAACUGCUUCAUCGCUUGGGUUGGAUGGGAAUCGAUAGAAGCUCAUGAUGCAUUCCACCACACUCCGGAGUUCAGGAAACGGGGAGUGAUUCUUCAGGAGGCGAACUUUGGCUACACGGAGUAUGGUCAUGUCUCUUUCACCCAUGCCAGGGAGAAAUGGGAAUUGCCGCAUGCAAAACUGUAGAAACUUCUGAAUUGAAUGGACAGGAACCAACAAGUCAUAUUGUACACCUUAGUGUACGGGGUUCGCUGUGUACAGAAAUACAAAACAUUCUAGCCCCUUAGAAUGCACCGUCGACAGUGAUUAGCUAAGGCUACACCAUUGCCAAGCUACUCUCUGAUAUUUGCGGAUAUCUCAUGUAGAUUAAUCACAUGUUUGAGUACGACC